AUGAUGCAGGGCCACUCGCGGUCACGGUCGCGGCAAGAUCUCUUCUCGCAGCCACAAGCGUCUCCGAGUCGCAAACGCAUUACAAGAAGCCAAAGCCGCGAGGUCGAAGAAACUCGCAUACGCUCCAAGGAGAUCAAUCCGACAGAUGGCCAUGGGAGGCGAGAGCAAAGCAAGGCCCUCCCUCCUGUCGCUGAAGAGUCCCCGUUCAAAUCUCCGAGAAAAACGGGUGCCCGCUAUGGAAGUUCAACCAUACCAGAAUCCCCGGGUGACACCACGAACAUUUCGGGAACAACCUUUGUCCAGCCUGAGUCGGAAAUGGACCUUGACCCGGAAAUGAUGCUUGAGGUUAUUCCUGAUCUUGAGCGAGCGGGCAAAAGUGUCCUGGAGUUCCUCGCUCCGAGAACGGCGACUCCGGUGGUGAUCGUGAAUAAAGCCAAAACGCUCAGUGAUCCCAGCAAUACCCAAAGUAGACGCCUUCGCCGCUUAAAGUCAAACCUGGAUAAUGAAAUACAGCACUUCGGCAGUCAAACUUAUAUUGAUGUUGGAGACAUUGGUCAUUUGUUUGCCUCUACCCUUGGGGGCAGGCGGGGUGAGUUCAAUGACUGGGGACCAGACCCCAUCGUGCAAAUGGCCAACUGCGCACGCUUUGCAGUUGAGGUACUUCUGGCCGGUACUAGUACAAACUCCCAGAGGCAGGCAUUACAGAAUGUCGAGAAUCUAUUCCCCCUGCCUUUUAUGACCGGCCUGGUUGGCGCUGGACAAGUAAAAGCGCCCGGCGAAAGUUCCUUGGAGAAAGAGACCUUUGAGCUUGCUUUAGAGAUUCGAAAGCAGUCCCUGAUCCUGCAAUUGGAAGAUAAUCAGGAUAAGCCUGGGUUCAGCGCCAAGAACGAGGUCAGACUGUGCUUCUUCACAGGAUUGUCUCGUAAAUCUCCGCCGCGAGGAUUUAAUCUACCAAAUUUCGGUGGCUCUGGCGGCGCACUUCCCGAGAAAUAUCGAGAUCCUGUUCAUAAUCUCUUCAACGAUAUCCUUCUGUCAGAGACCGAGAAUGGCAUUGAUGUUGAGGAGUUGCGCAGUUCAUAUCUUUGGAAAAGGUUUGUCCUCCAGGCAGCAAAGUGGAUCCGCAAGAGGACAGAAGAAAUCGAUGAGGAAUUGCAAAAGCGCAUGACUACACAAGAGGUCCACGACACAUUUUUUACUUCAAAGCACCCUAGCUUUGCCAGCACAUUGGGGGGUUCGGAAGCGGAACCAAGUGGCGAGGCACAAGAGGACGAACUAGAGAUCUCGCAUCGGCAGAGCGUUGAACAGGAAUCUGCUGGUCUGCUGGAGGAGCAGGAGCAGCAGGAGCAACAAGAGCCUAAAUCGCCAACGGUCCAACGGGGUACGGAGCGGAGACGGUCUUCGAGACCCUCAUACUUGAACGCUCUCUCUAUUCAACGCAUCACACAAAGACAGGAGCGCCUCCGUGCUGGGGAUGAGACGUCUGAAAAUCAACGACAGCCCGACAUUGUCCACCCAAUCUGGCGAACAGUGAACGAGCAACCUACCUCCAGUCGUCACCGAAGUUCCUCAGACCCACCCUCGACCCGCCUAGCCCAGCAAAAUGUACCUCAUGAAAUUCCACAGUCCUUCGACGAUGCCUCUCCUACUUUGGGACCCGAAGAGGACAUCACUUUUGGGGAUGAUUCACAACUCGCCAUCGGGAACGAGGACCCUCAAAUAGAGAGGUCUCGCAGCCCCGCCCCCAUCCCCAGGAGAACAACGCCUUGGAGUCAGGGAUCCGGUACCAGGAAUCAAAGCUCAGAUGGAAUGACAUUGACCCAGCGCAUAUGGGAAGCAAGCAAGACCAGACCCGGUCGUAGUGCUGAUACACGGUUUAUUGACCGGCAACAAGAUGCCGCGCGAGUUUCUCCGAUUCGAGACAGUGACUCUGAAGGCGCGGUGAGACGCGUUGAACAGCGUGCAUCUCGCAAGCGGGCACGGCGAUCAUCCGAGUCCGAGCCCGAAGCUGGUCCAGGCCACUUUGAUUACGACAGACGCUCGGUUGAUCUCGAGGGUCGGAGAGGGGAGAAGCCUCAAGAAUCGAGACGCAAGCGUGCACGGGUGCAGGAACCAGAAACUCAAAGUGAUGUCAAUGCAGACGCCAACGAAGAAGAAGCCCCAAGUCCAGAACCUCCAAGACAACGCACUGUGCCGCCCAGCUCCCAGCCCACCACCAGGGAAUAUACACCCACAGCAAGAGUACGCUGGACGGACGAGGAAGACAACAGACUUCUACGCUUGAUGAAAGACCACUCCACCCGCUGGGCAGUGAUCGAGAGACAGAACCAGGCACAACCGCCGAGGCAGGGCGAAGUGCGAAUUGAGGGACGAGACCAGGGGGCACUCAAGGAUCGUGCUCGGAAUAUCAAGAUUGCGUACUAUCGUGACGGGAUUGAAAUUCCGCCGUACCUUCAGAUCGUGACGAUGAAGAAAAAGGAUUAUGAGAGGCUUGAAGCACGCGGGAUUGUUGUACCUCGAUGA